AUGCAAUCCGUGGUUGUAAACAGCAACCACGUGACACUCACGCCAGGAUCCACUUCUUCGUACUUCUACAGCCAGGUCGGAUGCGUAGAUGCCACAAAGUAUGGUGGUAUAUCGCUUUUGAUCAAGGCUCCUGCUGGGACUACGUUCAAGAUUGAGUUAUCUUCCAAAACGACGUGCGACGGCGCGGCGACGGCGUCAUCAUCCCAGACGACGAACCAACUAGGUUGGACGUUUGACGGAACCGAGAAACUAUAUAGUUUCCCUUGGUCAAAGUUCACUGGACUCAAUCUAACCAAGCUGAGAUCGAUCGUCCUCUCGUCGCCCAGCGGCGCGGUUACCCUGGGUCCGAUGGCACUCUACUGCGGGAAUACUCCCAGUGGCUGGGUAUUGCCCACGACUAGCAGCCCAGCAACACCAACAGCAACCGUCGAGGCGCCGACCGCUACGGCCUCGGGUUUUUUGGUCGACUCUUUCAACAAUCCAAACACUAACUCGCUUGGAUUCUGGCAUGGCGGCGAUGAGUUGAGCCUUACCUGGGGCUCUAACAGCGUCACCAUUGUUGCCGAUGGUCCCGACUACGCCUUCACCACACUAAUCAGCGGCGGUUGUCGAGACUUACGCAGCCAUGGCGGCUCGUACUUGCACAUCGCCUACUCGGGACACACCAAAUUCUCCGUUUCGUUGCAGCAGCACAAUUCGCAGUGCAACGAUGGUGUGGCACCGUAUCCCGAGACGAGGGACAGCCUCGAGGCUGGCCGGUACGCGACAGGUAGCGACAUUUACAUCCCCGUUUCGCACUUCAAUAUCAACCUUCAGCGUGUUGCUAGUGUUGCCAUUCGGGGCAUAUACAGCACCGAGGCCUUGAUUCUGACAAAAAUUGAGAUCGUUCCUUCCAUUCCCUCCGGUGUGAGCAUACCGCAAAAGCUGCCCUCCGGCACCCUUGUUUUUGCCUGUACGCGGCCCAACUCGUUUGCUUUCGGCAUCGAUGAUGGUAACCCAAGGUACGCCGCCAGGCUGGCUGAGAUCGUCCGCGACGCUGGCAUCAAGGUAACCUUUUUCGCCGUCGGCGCGGUGCUCGAAGACCCCUCCACAGGCAUGGCCAGUCUCUACCAGCAAUUGAAGAGCGAGGGUCACCAAAUCGCGUUGCAUUCUUACACGCAUCCAAGGAUGGAGGGCCUUCCUAGCACCGAAAGCAUCGACUGGGAGUACAACGAGGAUUAUAGGGUGAUGGCCAACAUCUUUGGGGAGAGAUCAAACUAUUUCCGCCCACCUUUUGGGGUCGAAGGCGCACGUAUGCGUCAGCGCUGGGCAGCUGCCUCAGGGUCAGAGAAGGCUUAUCUCAUCAAUUGGAGCAUUGAUGUCCAGGAUUGGCUAUGGGCCGAGACGAGCACGCCAGAGAAGCAAGUUGAGGCCUUCAAGUCCGAUGUUGCAAAGGGGGGCAACCUAGUCGUUAUGCAUUUUUCAUACAACUCGACGGUCAACUACUUCCCAGAGUUUAUCAGGCUGGCCAAAGCCACCGGUAAACAGAUCAUGCGAAUUGAUCAGUGCAUGGAAGAUCCGAACGCGCCGCCACUUUGA